UCCCUUCCCGCUCUCUCCUCUCUGCCCCCUUCUUCCUCCCUUUCACCUCAUUUCCUCCGUCGCUGCCGUCCUGCCAAAUCAAGCCAGGCAAAUCUACCUCGAUCGACGACUCUCCAGAGCAUCCUCCAAGUGAUCUGACCAAUCCCAAGCCGACAGCAUCCUGAGGCCAUACCCUAUUGCACCAAUUCGGUUACACACCUCCUCCUCCUGCCCAGGUGUUCACGCAACCCUACUUAGCAUUGCUUCUCAUACUCUUAUCACCCAUAAUCGUACUUCUGUUACUGCUCUUCGGGUUCCCUACGUGACCUCAAAUGUCGCGGUAGUAUCUUGUUCGGCUCCCCUGGUACACCAAGCCUGCUGCAAUUUGCCCUGGCCACAUUGACAAGUAACCAAGUUUACCUGGCCUCUUGACCUAAGUCCGCCUAUUGUGCCUGGGACCCCGAUAAGUUUUGGUUAUUCCCAAUAUCGGCAGCAAACAUGGAUGAAUACACAGAGAGCCAGAUGGAAAGCGACGAUGUCUUUCCCUGCAAGGGCUGUGGUGAGAUCCUCGAGGAGGGUAAAGCGUUUGAACUAGCUGGGAAUCGAUGGCACCUUAACUGCUUCCGGUGUAAUAACUGCGGCACCCUGCUCGACUCGGAUGCGAACCUUUUACUUCUCGGUGACGGUUCGCUGAUAUGCAACAACUGCACAUAUAGCUGCAGCGCCUGCGGCGAUAAGAUCGAAGACCUGGCCAUUCUCACCGGUGACCAGGCGUUUUGCGCCACCUGUUUUCGAUGUAGGAACUGCAAGCGGAAGAUCGAAAACCUCAGAUACGCUAGGACAUCUCAAGGGAUAUUUUGCAUGAGCUGUCACGAGUCGCUGAUGGCGAGGCGGAGGAAGAAGUCAAAGGCUGCUGCCCAAGCAAAGGCACGCGAGAAAGACGGUUCGCCCCUAAUAGUCGACAAGUCCCUUCCGGCCCUCCCUCCCAACGCGAUUCCUCCCAACGCCUUUUCCAACGAUAGAGUCGACCCCGAAUCAGACACGCCCACCGAGCUCUCUCCGCGACCACGACCGACCUACCCUCGGAACGACUCGUCGAGAAGCAGCUCGAGACCAGCUAGAUCUCCCGAGCGGACGGUGGAUCAUACUGGGGGAGACGCGGGCCUGCCUUUACCUCCCCGCAAUUAUCGUCACAAUCGAAACUCGGCGAUAUUUUCGAGCAGCGAUGCCAACAACAAUGCCGAUGAUCAGAGUUUCUUCAUUCCAGUUGCCCUCGAUCCAAGCCCGGUGCCGUUGUCGACUCCUAGGUCAACCUCAGAAGCUCUCAUCGAGGCUACUAAAAAGACGAAGGAUAAUAAAGAGUACAUUGGCCUUCCGUCCAAACCUACCCCCGAUCGGAGAGUUGACUCCCAGUCAUCCACUCCGCACAUCGCCUUCCAAGAGAAGGGAAGAGAGCCUUCGCUCGAUUACGAUAACCUGCCGCCGAAGGAUCUGAACCGGAAACUGUCCAAAUCUUCGAGAAGCGAGAAGAAUAAUUCUUCCAAGGCGUCGCCCGCUCUGCCAGAUGACCGGUCCCAGAAAGUGGCAAAUGGAAGACCACAUCCCGCAGAUGACUUCAAGUUGCAGGAAGCACCGAAGAGUAAAAAGUCAAAUGCACAGACAAGUCCUCAGUCCACCACAAGCCAAGAUAAUAUCAGUUCAAGGGGCAGAAGCAGCAGCUCCGUUAUGAAGGACAAAGAUGGAUUUCCGAACCCACCUCUAUCCGAUUCGCCCCAACUGUUACAGGCAGGCGACAAGACAGGCACUCCGCGCAGUUCACAAGACUCUCGCCCCAAAGACGAUGAUGAGGUCCGAUCCAACGAUUCCUUAGUCACCUCGGUCAGCAACAGUACGAAGCCCAUUGCGAGAAAGGAGCUUCCAACUCCCGCCCCUAGAAAUGUCAAUGGUACAGCUUCCAAAUCAGCCGACCAAAGGCCCAAUGACCCAUACAUGACUCCCAGGGCGCCACCCGCUCCCCCGGUACCCCCUGCGGGCCAGGAGUCAGGCGAAAAUAAGACCUCGCCUAAACUACCGAGAUGGAGUUCGGGUGGUGAAUUUUGCAUGGAUGAGGACAUGGCGCGGAUUCUGGGAACGGAUGAAACCUCCUCUUCCAUCCUCCGCCGCGUUUCCAACGUGGUGCGUCAUGGCCGAACCAACAGUACGGAAUCGAGCAACGCUCCCCGAACGGGUCACACUCGCAGCGCCAGCGAGACAACACGGACAACUACUUCGCCGCGCUGGCCAAAAACGCCAAUUGCGGAGGAUACAAGCAACGGCGUUCAUGACCUCACUAGCCCCUUGUCAAUUACUUCCACCGAUGAUCCUAUUCUCCUUAAACGGCGGCUGAGGAGUUCCGAGCAGAGGGUGGCAGAAUUGGAGCGCCAAUUCAACAACGAAAAGGAUCUAAAGACCCUCAACCAGAAGCUGGAGGAAAAGCGCAAGACAGUGUCCGUCCUCGACACGCAAACUGAAAUGAUGAUCCGCCAGUUAGAGCUGUUAGCUGGGUGCGUGGAGAGAGCUCGGGAAACUAAGCAGCCCAUCGACCCUCGUGAGCUUGAAGAGUCUGCCCUGAAAGACUUUGUCCAGAAGCUUGAGAAGCUUAAGCAAUCCAUGUCGGCUAGCCUGGAACAGCUUCAUACGGAACGAGACCAGCUCGUCGACGAGAAAAAUAGGGCGAUACUAGAAAGAGAUCGUGCCCGGGCGGAAUUUGAACAGCUAGUCUCGAAGAAUGCCCAGUUGGCCGAUUUGAACAAUGAUCUCACGAACCAGAUCCAGGGCAGGUUCAAGAAUCACUCAGAUCCCAAGUCCCCUCCGAAUGGUCUCGGAAUCUACAGUCAGCAUAAGGGCACAUCGAACAAUUCGGUUAGCUUGGACAACUCCAGCAUCCAGACGGGUACCACGCUUCUUUCCGGCGACCAGGAAGAGCCUAUACUCGAGGCUGGCCCGACUCUAGUGAAGAUAGGAAAAGGCCAAGUCAAGAAAUUCAACUGGAAGAAGGGAUCGAAAGCCGUGGCUCAGAAUAUUGCCAAGGGAGUGAAUCGCACGGUGGUGGCGUUCCAGCAACCCGACCGUGAGCGCCACCCACUGGGCAUGGCAGGCGAGAAUAUCGGCCUCCCCUACAACAUGACAGUCGCUCCCGUAGAGUCGCCAGUUUCUCAUAUGACGCCGAAUGGCCAAAACCGGCAACUCGCAGAUCCCGGCCGCCAAGGCUUUUUCGGUUUCAAGAAGGCGAACACGAUGCCGAAGAGCGCCGCGUCGAUGAACCUGUCCGCCCAGGUCGUCGCGGAGGCGCCUUCAGUUCUCUUCGGGUCCGACCUAUCGGAGAGGGCUGAUUAUGAACGCCGCCAGAUCCCCUGUGUCGUAACCCGAUGUAUCGAAGAAGUCGAACUGAGAGGUAUGGAUGUCGAGGGUAUAUAUCGCAAGACCGGCGGAAACUCUCAAACCAAGGCCAUCCAGGAGGGCUUCGAUAAGAACGAGAAUUUCGACAUUUCGGAUCCGGACAUAGAUAUCACCGCCGUGACAAGCGUGCUGAAGCAGUACUUCAGAAAGCUGCCCACGCCGUUGCUAACGUAUGAUAUCUAUGACCGUAUCCUCGAGACACACACAAUCUCGAACGAUGCGGACAAGUGCACGCACUUGCAGAGUGUCGUCAAGCAGCUUCCGCAGCAGCACAAGGACUGUCUCGAGUUCCUCAUGUUCCACCUUCAUCGUGUUGCCGAGCGCGAGCGUGAGAAUCUUAUGACACCUAAGAAUCUUGCCGUGGUCUUUGCCCCGACCAUCAUGAGAGAUACCGACAUCGAGCGAGAGAUGACGGAUAUGCACGCGAAGAAUAUCGCGGUGCAGUUUAUGAUCGAGAACACUCACAACAUCUUCUCUUCUUAGUUGCCGAGUCCUCUACCUCGCCACUUAGGCCUUGUACAUAUUUAGCCUAGCGAGAGGCGUUUAUUCGUCAGGCAUUUGAGGAGGAGAUGAGGAGGCUAGCGAUAAUUCCCAUUACCACCAUCAUCGAGGCGCAGGGCCGGAGUUCUAGAGAGAUGACGACCACAGGAUCGGCUGGGAUCGUUGCAUCUUCGCAUUCAACGAAAAAGGGGCACUUCCGGGUCAGUCAUUGGAUUUUGUGCAGCCUUCUAUUCAAGGGGGUGUCCCGGCAGUGCUUUUUCCGUCUUGACGGUAGGAAAUUUAAUGAUAUCCAUAGGAGCAUCGCGAUUUCGUCUUUUGGCGGGUAGGAAGGG